AAAAAUGCAGUAUCUUAGGUGGAUCGAUUUUUUCGUCUUGCUCUGUGUGAUCUUCUCCAACCAGAAGAACUCAUACACCUUACGAACCGUUGCUGACAUACAACGUUUACGAAGGGGUAGAACAGUGCGAGCGGAACACACAAGCUGGCUUUUCAAAUCGAUUCCUUCUGCAACCCCCUUUGGUUUCGGUUUGCGGCGAUGCCGAAGGAAUGAUGCUUUCCCAAUGCACCCAUACAUACAUCCACAACAGCACAGUGUACCGAGUGUGGUGAACCGAAGUACGGCCCACAGUGCCCAAGACAUUCCCGGUUUUUCACCGUAGCAGGUCCAACGGCACCAACACAACCGUACGGGGUUGAUCUUUCUUCCGUCUAGUUCUGGCUUGUGCAAACACGCCGUUUCGACUCCUGCGGGAGUGAGUGUGCGAUCGUGAGCUGAGUAUUAUUGCGUGUGUUGGUGUACUGAUGCCAGGUUGCGUGUCAGUGCUCCGAAACCUGAGUGGUUUGUGGCGUUCGGCGAGAGGAAAGGAACGAUUGUCUUUUGCUGUGAGAAAAUAUUUUCUCCAGCCUGCGGUUCAGUAGUGGUCCGAAUACGAAGGUGUUGAAAUACCGAACGAACGACGUUGUGCACGCGGAGCUACGUUUUGUGCAAUUUUUGCGUCCUGCAGAUCUGACCGUGAUUCGUCAAACGUAGUUUUUGAGUUUAAAUUUUUACAACAGCAACAUUUGCCCUACCGUUGACCCGAGCAAGGGGCAUUUAUUAGCUAUUGCUAGUGAAAUAGUGCCACAAAAGAUCGAUAAAUAUCGAUCCCCGUAAGAAAAAAAGGUUUGAAGCUGAUGUUGCCGUUGCCCAAGGAUGGGUGAAUGAGUGGCCAAACCCGAUCGGUUUUUGUGUACAGCGACAAAGCAAUGCAAAUGGAUGUGUGAAGUAAGUGGUUGUGCGGUUUCGGUUGCAGCGUUUGUUUAGUGAAAAUCGUAGUGUCGUAGAAUAGAAGUAAACCCAACCCAAGCAGUAAACCUGCCCGCCGUGGUGGAUCGGGAACGUGCAUUAAAAAAAAAAAGGUGCCAAAUCAAAGAAAAAAAAAAGCAUCAUCCAACAUACAACGGCCGGGUGAGUGUGCGUGCGUGGUUAGUGGUUGAAGUGCCCUCGAGAUAUGCCCACCCGAUUGCCACUAGUGCACGAUUGAAGAUCACGAUCUUCCACGAAAGGGCGGUGGAAAAGUCGAGGUACGAUUUGAAACGAAAGGCUAAAAAUGAUCAGUACCGGAUGGCAUGGCACCAGCGUGUGCUAGUGUGUGCGUGUGUGUAUGUGUGCAUUUUUGCUUAAAAUGUUGCCAUUGUUGAGUGCCGGUAAAGUGUAAGUGUUGUGCUGAUAGUGUUCCUUGCAGAAAGUGGUAUCAAUCGGCAACCAAAUGUAAGUGCGAAGAAAGGCUAUUCUAGCUAGAAAAGAAAAAAAAGUGCUCAAGUGAUUGCGCUCCCAUCCACGACAUAGUUCGAAUGCUGUGUAAAUCCGAUAAAGUUUGAAAGGAAACCAAAAUUGUGCGACACAUAAUAUUCCUUUGCCAAUAUUAAGCAGUGUGGUUGGUGUAAUAACAUCUGUGUCACAGAAAGAAAAGUAACACAAACGAGCGCAGACAACAAAAAAAGGUUGAAAAUUGUACGAAAAGGUACAGCAUAGUAACCCUUGUGAACAAUGGACCAGCGGGGUGGUCAUAGUACAGUGUACCGUAGUGACUGCGUGCAACAGGAGCUUCGGUGAUGAUUUUCUUCGUGAAAUCUCACACCUCCCAAGACUACCGACAGGUGACAGGUGCAGGAGCUGCACCUGCAGCAGGACUCCGCAGGGACAGUAGAGCUGCGGAGGUGCGGUAACCCUACCGCUUCUUGCUGAAACAAGUGAAACAAAACCCCCAUUACAGUGCAGUGCACCCAAAUACACCUACACACAUACACACAACCAAACAACACACACACAUCCAUUCGGCCAAAUUAUGGCAGAAUGUAACAGCAGGCACGGUUACAGUAGCUGCAGUAAUCGACACAGAAAGAUGUCCUUGCUUUGGCUAUUACUGAUGAUAUGUGCCUUCAGUGGGGACAGUGGUGGAGGAGGUGGCCCGGGUACCUUCAUACGGAUGGCAGGGGCGGAACAUGUGCGAGAGCUUGAAGUGUCGGAGGGCGUACCGAUUGGACAUCAGAUCGGUUUCAUCGGGGAGUUUGUGCACGAUGAGAGCGGUGACAGUGGACCACCGUACCUGAUCGUGCCGGUACCGGGUAGUGCGGUCGAUACGGAUCUAGCCAUCGACCAUACGACGGGCGAAAUUCGCACCAAGGUGGCGCUGGAUCGUGAAAACCGGUCGUCCUACUCGCUGGUGGCCAUUCCCCUGAGCGGCGAGAACGUUCGCGUGGUGGUGCGAGUUCUGGACGAGAACGAUAAUGCACCCACCUUUCCGACGCCGAUAAUGAGCAUCGAGUUCCCGGAGAACACGCCCCGGGAUGUGAAGCGUACGCUAAAUCCGGCCCGUGAUGCUGACCUCGGGCGUUACAAUACGCAGCGUUACAGCAUCGUUUCGGGGAACGUUAACAACGCGUUCCGGUUAUCUUCCCACCGGGAACGGGACGGAGUGCUCUAUCUCGAUCUGCAGAUCAAUGGCUUCCUGGAUCGGGAAACGACACCGGCCUACAGUCUGGUGGUGGAAGCGCUUGAUGGUGGUAGUCCACCGCUGCGCGGUCAGAUGACGGUCAACAUUACCAUUCAGGAUGUCAACGACAAUCAGCCAAUUUUCAACCAGAGUCGAUAUUUUGCGACCGUGCCAGAAAAUGCAACGCUCGGCACUACGGUGCUGCAGGUAUACGCCACCGAUCAGGACGCGGGCGAAAACGGUCAGGUUGAGUACGCGAUCAACAGGCGGCAAAGUGAUAAAGAGCAGAUGUUUCGCAUCGAUCCCGGCACCGGUCUUAUCUCCGUCAACAAACCGCUCGACUUCGAGACGCGCGAACUGCACGAACUGGUCGUGGUGGCAAAGGAUCGUGGCAUGCAACCGCUCGAAACGACGGCAUUCGUAUCGAUACGGGUGACGGACGUGAACGACAAUCAACCCAUCAUCAACGUCAUCUUUCUGAGCGAUGACGCGACGCCGAAGAUAUCCGAGUCGGCCCAACCGGGUGAAUUUGUUGCACGGAUCUCGGUUAACGAUCCGGACUCGCGCACCGAGUACUCUAACGUCAAUGUGACACUGUCCGGUGGCGAAGGACACUUCGGGCUGACAACGCGCGACAACAUCAUCUAUCUCGUGAUCGUUUCGUUGCCGCUGGAUCGUGAAAUUAAACCGAACUACACGCUGAGCGUUAUCGCGACAGAUACCGGCAAUCCACCGCUCCAUGCUGCCAAGGACAUAUUCCUGACCGUCACGGACAUUAAUGACAAUGCGCCAGAGUUUGAGAAGGACGUGUAUCACGCGAAUGUCAUGGAGGUAGCAGACCCGGGUACGUCCGUUAUCCAGGUGACGGCUGUCGAUAGGGACGAGGGCAACAAUUCGGCCAUUGUCUACUCGUUGCUGGACACGCCGGACACGCAUUCGCACUGGUUUCAGAUCGAUAGUCACUCGGGAUUGAUCACGACAAGGGCGCACAUUGACUGUGAAACCGACCCGGUACCACAGCUGAUAGUGAUGGCUCAAGACAACGGGCGGCCACCGCUAUCCUCGACCGGUACCGUGCUCGUUACCAUACACGACGUUAACGACAACGAGCCAAUCUUCGACCAGAGCUUCUACAACGUAUCUGUUGCUGAGAACGAAUCCAAAGGACGCUGCAUUCUGAAGGUAUCGGCUACCGAUCCGGACUGUGGCGUUAACGCAAUGGUGAACUACACCCUCGGCGAGGGAUAUAAGAAGAACAGCGAGUUCGAGAUCCGACCGAGCACCGGUGAGGUGUGCAUUGCUAGCGAGCUGGACUACGAGACGCGCAAUUCCUACGAGUUUCCCAUCAUAGCAACGGACCGAGGAGGUCUCAGUACGACCGCCAUGGUAAAAAUUCAGCUAACCGAUGUUAACGACAAUCGGCCGACGUUUUACCCUCGCGAGUAUAACGUAUCAUUGCGUGAGUCAAUGCCGACGAAUUCGCUCUUAUCUACGCCGGUUGUUGUGGUUGUGGCCACCGAUUCGGAUUCGGGUAGCUUCGGUACGAUCAGCUAUCGCAUCGUGGCUGGUAAUGAGGCCGGCAUCUUUCGUAUGGAUCGUUUGACGGGGGAAAUCUUUGUCACGCGCCCAAACAUGCUUUCGAGUCGGACACAGCCGUACCAUCGGCUAAACAUCUCCGCCAGCGAUGGCGGUGGUCUUCGCUCCACGCAUGACGCGGAGGUGUUCAUUAGCGUCAUUGAUGCCACGCAGCGACCGCCAAUCUUUGACAAACCGCGCUACACUUACUACGUCAAGGAAGAUGUGAAACGGAACACAGUUGUUGGUACGGUAUCGGCAACAAGCAGCAACUCAGGAAAUCGCGGAUCACUUCGAUACUUCAUCUACUCCGGAGAUCCUGACGGAUUCUUCGCCAUUGAUCCGGUAUCGGGAAACAUUCGGGUGGCGAAUGCUUUAGAUCAUGAAACCAAACCCCAGGUGCUGCUAAACAUCCAAGCGACAAGUGGCGAUCCACCGGCAUACGGUCACACGCAGGUCAAUAUCGACAUCGAGGACGUGAAUGAUAAUCCACCAGAGUUCGAAUCGAAUACAGUGCGCAUCUCUGUUCCGGAGAAUGUGGAGAUCGGUUCACCGCUGUACGAAGCGAACGCGCAGGAUAAAGAUUCUGGCAUGAGCGGUGUCAUAACGUACAUGUUGGCGGGACAAGGAAAUGCACAGAGUGGUGGCAGGACCAGUUUAUUCAGCAUUGAUAGCCGUAGUGGACAUCUAACCUUGGCGCGUCCUCUCGACUAUGAGUCCAUGCAACGGCACUCGCUAGUAGUCACGGCAUCCGACUCUGGAACUCCAUCUCUUUCCACCAACCUUACCAUUCUGGUGGAGGUACAGGACGUAAACGAUAAUGCACCCAUUUUCGAGAGGAACGAAUAUGCCAUCACGGUAAUCGAAUCAACACCCAGCAAUUCACAGAUCCUUCAAGUCAGUGCAACAGACGCCGACACGGGUAAUAAUGCCCGGCUGACGUACAAAAUUCUUGGCGAGGAUCACCAGCGUACUGGCAAGUCUACGCAACCUGCGUCACCUGACGAGCCGGUAGCGGAAAUUUUUGGUAUCUUCCCCAACAGCGGUUGGAUCUAUCUCCGGACAAGGCUUGAUCGAGAAGUGAAGGAGCGAUACAACAUCACUGUGAUAGUGAGCGAUAAUGGUGUGCCGACUCUUACAGCGACCGCUCAUGUAAUCGUCACCGUUCUGGAUGCCAACGAUAACAGUCCCAUUUUUGCGAAGAGUUUGUACGAGUUUGAAAUCGAGGAGAAUAUGCGUCGCGGUGCCAUGAUCGGUACCGUCUCGGCUUCAGAUUCCGAUGCGGGCAUUAAUGCUGUUGUGCGAUACAGUCUCAUACCGAGUAAUACUAGCUUCCAGGUUAAUCCCGUCUCAGGUGAAAUAACUACAAGGGAUUCGCUUGAUCGAGAAAUAAAAGCUUCCUACGAUCUGGUGGUAGAGGCACGUGAUCAAGGUACUCCCUAUCGAAGCUCACGAGUUUCGGUCCAAAUACAAAUACUUGACGUCAAUGACAAUGCUCCCGAUAUUGUCGACCCGCAAGAGGAUGUCGUUAGUGUACGCGAGGAACAACCUAUUGGAACCGAAGUAGUUAAAGUUCGAGCAAUCGAUCGCGACCAUGGGCAGAAUGCUUCGAUCAGUUACUCCAUUCUCAAGGGCCGUGAUUCUGACGGGUACGGUAUGUUCUCCAUCGAUCCGAUGAGUGGUGUGAUACGUACUAAAACGUCGUUGGAUCACGAGGAGAAAACAAUCUACCGAUUAGCGGUAGCCGCUACUGACAACGGAAAGCCACCUAAGCAAACGGUUCGUCUGCUUCGGAUCGAGGUGCUAGAUCUCAACGAUAACCGGCCUACGUUUACCAGUUCCAGUUUAGUGUUUAGAUUACGCGAAGAUGUCGGUGUUGGACACAUCAUUGGAUCGAUCAGUGGCAACGAACAAUCAGAUAUGGAAAAUCUCAUUUCGAGCAGCAACGAUUUGCACAUUACCUACACACUCACCCCGCUAACAAACGAUGUAACCGAAGGUGCUUUCGAUAUCGAUCGUAACACUGGCAAGUUGGUCGUCGCUAGACAGCUCGACCGAGAGCAGCAGAGCGAGUAUCGUAUGGAGAUACGCGCACUAGACACGAGCGCUAGCAACAAUCCUCAGAGUUCCGCCGUCACGGUGAAGAUAGAAAUAGCCGACGUGAACGACAAUCCUCCGAAAUGGCCCAGCGAUCCGAUCAAUGUCUACGUCUCAGAGGACACCCCGGUUGGAGCAAUCGUGUAUAAUUUCACUGUACAGGAUAACGAUACCGGUACCAAUGCGGAAAUUAAAUAUAACCUCUCCAAAUCAGCCCAUCCUGCUCAGAAAGAGUAUUUCGCCAUCGACUCGCUAACGGGAUCACUCACCUUACUGGCACCACUUGAUCAUGAGGAUAUUCAAGAGUUCCUGUUGAUCGUGCAAGCGACCGAUCAAUCAUCAAACGUUACCGAGCGCCUUACCACUUCGGCCACGGCGCGCAUCAUGGUAACUGAUGUCAAUGACAACUCGCCAAAGUUUGUGAUCCCACAAACGGCAGACGGUGUGGUGUACAUUAGCGAUUCGUUAGAAAUUGAUCAAAUCGUAUCGCAUGUGGUCGCUAUAGACCGUGAUAGCGGUGAAAAUGGUCAUAUCGCGUACACCUUCGUCGGUGGCAACGAAGAUGAACGUUUCACGAUCGAUUCGAACUCCGGCAUUAUCCGGCUAGCCAAACCCUUCAGCAGCAACUUCAUCAUGGACAGUGGAAAACGAAACUCCGUGAGUGGCAAGUAUCAAUUAGUAAUAUCUGCCAGCGAUCACGGUUCACCACGAUCGCGAGAAGCCAAGAUUACGUUACAAAUCGUUAUCCAGAACAUGACGAACAAUCCGCCGCGUUUUGUCGAACCAGUGUAUUACGUCAACAUAACGGAAAAUGUUCCGAGCGGUAGUUUUGUGGUACGCGUUUCGGCCAGAUCCCACUCGGAUGCUGGUUCCGGUGGUUCGCUCAAUCUUACGUACGAAAUACCGAAAGGCAUCGGCGACGAUCACUUUGCGGUUGAUCCGGUUCGUGGAAUCGUCACGACACGUGGCACAUUUGAUCGGGAAUCUAAGGACAUCUACACCAUACCAAUCUACGUGACGGAAGGUGGUCGUUUUAAGAAAGCAUCUACAGCUUCCGUUUCCAGCCAGGAGAUGGCACAGUUCGAUGUAGCUACUCUUGUGGUGCGCAUUACUGACGUGAACGAUCACGCACCGGAGUUUGUGCAAGGUUCAUGCUAUCCACUGGCAGUUCCCGAAAACAGUGAACUCUCGGUUAUACACACCGUUGCUGCUACCGAUGCGGACGAUGGGUUGAACGGUGAAAUUACUUACAGUAUCUCAGGAGGAAACAUGGGCAACAAGUUCAGUAUCGACCUACACACCGGUACCCUGACGGCUCGUCCACUAGAUCGUGAAGUACACGCGAGAUACGUACUGCAAAUUACGGCGCAGGAUCGCGGAUCACCCGUAUCUCAUCAGGGACACUGCAACAUCACCAUACGCGUGGAGGAUGAAAAUGAUAACGAUCCUAAAUUUGAGCUGCAGAAAUACAUCGCUACGAUCGAUGAAGACGCUCAAAUUGGAACUACAGUGCUCACUGUGAAAGCUAUCGAUGCAGACGUCGGCAUUAAUGCUCGUAUCGUAUACUCACUGGCCAAUGUUACCGAAUGGCUGUUUAAUAUCGAUAGCAAAACUGGAGUCAUCACUACUGCUGGACUUUUCGAUCGAGAGCGCCAAAAUGUGUACAACUUUAUGGUAGUAGCAAUGGAUGGCGGACGGUACAAUGCACGCUCGCAAAACGUUCCCGUCCAGGUCAUCAUAGCAGAUGUGAACGACAAUAAACCCGUGUUUGAUAAGUAUCCGUUUCGGGAGCAAAUCGGUGCACUGGUACAACCGGGACAAACGCUCUUGCACAUCUCAGCUACCGAUAGCGACCAAGGUAGCAAUGGUGAAAUCGUCUACAGUCUGAACGAAAACGCAAGCACUGGCAAGUUCCGCAUCAAUCCUACGACGGGUGCCUUAAGCGCAACCCAAAGUUUGGCCAGCGAAAAUGGUCGCUUGCUGCACAUUGAGGUUACGGCACGUGACAAGGGCAAUCCACCGCAGAUAGCGACCGGGCUAAUCGAACUGCGUGUCGGUGAAGUGCAGCAGGAGCUACCGAUGCUGCGAUUCCAAAACAGUUCCUACCGCGUAACGCUUUCCGAGAACACACCUGUCGGUCAGCCGGUAUUGCAGCUCAGUGCCGUACGCAGCGAUGGUCGAAGACAGAAGAUCAUCUACAGCUUCGGUUCGGGUAACGAGGACGGUACAUUUUCGAUCGAUGCCGUAACUGGCGAGAUUAGAAUUCGAAACUCGCAAAACCUCGACUACGAACGUUUCAAUCGUCUCAAGAGCGAGGGCAUUGAACUGGUCGCUGUAGCUCGUACCGAUGGUACACCGCUACUGUACGGCUACACGUCGAUAGUCGUGGAACUGCAGGAUGAAAAUGACAAUGCGCCACGGUUCACACAACAACAGUACGCGGCCUCCGUCUGGGAGAGCAACAGCAAGGGCACGUUCGUGAUCAAGGUCGGUGCGUUUGAUUCAGAUCAGGGAGCGAACGCACGCAUUCUCUAUCACAUCGUGGAUGGAAAUCACGACAAUGCGUUUAUCAUUGAACCGGCAUUUAGCGGAAUCGUCAAGACGAACAUCGUGCUCGAUAGGGAGAUACGCGACAAGUACAAGCUGAAGGUGAUUGCCACCGACGAAGGCGUACCGCAGAUGACGGGAACGGCUACGAUCAACGUGAACGUCGUGGAUGUCAACGACAACCAGCCAACCUUUCCACCGAACACCGUCAUCAGCGUCAGUGAAGGAACAAGUGUCGGAACGGUACUGACAACGAUCACAGCUAAUGAUGUGGAUACCAAUCCACCAUUGACGUACAGUUUCGCGGAACUGAACGAUGACGAUGCCACAAGCUACUUCGCGAUCGAUCGCUACAGUGGGAAAAUUAUUCUAAUACGCCCGCUAGACUACGAGGAACGGCACGAGUUUCUGCUACGACUGCUCGCUUCCGAUUCGGCCCAUGUUGCUCGCACCACACUGACGGUGCGCGUUGCCGACGUGAACGAUAAUGCGCCGGUGUUCCAGCAGAUCACCUAUCACGCUAUGCUUUCCGAUCCAACAGAUGGUAGCAACACGAACGUGAUGAUUCUUUCCGUCAAUGCAACCGAUGCGGAUAGUGAACCGAACGCGAUCGUUCGCUACUCGAUCGUCUCACCCAAAGGAUCAGUCACCAGCGGGUUCACUAUCGACGAAUCAACUGGCCAGUUGUUUGCAAAUAUUAGCCAACUGUCAACGAGUGGUGUCGGUGGCACACUCUAUCUUACCGUGAGAGCAACCGAUUCUGGUCAACCCGCGCUAUCCGCCACCACUACGGUGCGAUUGGAAAUGAAAUCGAAAGGCAAAGCGAAUCCACAGUACGUGCAGAGUCAGUACCGGGUAUCAGUAAACGAAGAAGCAAUGCCUGGAACAACAGUCGUCAAUUUGAUCCCCAAGUCCAUACUGCAGCAACAGUCCGGUGUAGAGUCGGCAAUAGCAUUUGAAAUUAUCGACGGUAACGAAGAUUCCGUGUUCGAUGUAACGUACCCCGAUGGUGCUAUUGUGCUGGUCGAUCGGCUGGACCGUGAGCGUGUGGACUAUUACGAGCUGAAGCUGGUAACUGUGGAGCCCGGUACGAGGCACAUUAACAGACCCGAUGCAAAUCUCAGCACGAUGGUGCGCGUCAUAGUUACGGUGGAGGAUGCGAAUGAUAAUGCGCCCGAAUUUCAACCGGGCAAUUACGAGGCAACGAUCGGUGAGUUGGCACCGAUCAAGCACUCCAUCGCCAAGCUGUCCGCACUCGAUGCCGAUCAGUCCGGGUCGCCCAGCUCGGAAGUGAUCUAUCAGAUAAUAUCCGGUAACGACAGUGGCAUGUUUUCCAUCGAUCUGGUAUCUGGAUUGCUGUACACCAACAAAUACCUGGACUACGAUCACGGCCAAACGCAGUACAAUCUCGUGAUACGGGCGUGCGAUAGCCAUUCGGCACCACGUUGCUCCGUACAUCCAUUCUCAAUCGCGCUAACGGACGAGAACGAUAAUGAACCACAGUUCCCAGUGCCUGAAUAUCUGGAGUUCGUGGGCGAAAAUGAACCAAUUGGUAUCAGUAUUUUCACUGCCCGUGCCACCGAUAUGGACCGUGGACCGUUCGGUAUCGUAAACUACACAAUCGACAGCGUACUGUCCGGGUCGUAUUCCGGACUGGACGAUAGUUGGAAGCUGUUCAAGGUAGAUCCAACGAGUGGCGUCGUCAAUUCGAAUGCCGUGUUCGACUAUGAAGAAAAGAACCGCUAUGCUUUCGCACUGCGUGCCACCGAUACGGGUGGCAAAUCCAAGACGGUACGUGUGAAGAUAGUGAUCGAAAGCAGGGAUGAGUUCAGUCCACAGUUUACGGAGCGUACGUACCGUUUCGUUAUCAAGACACCAGAAUCAGGCCAAUUGCCCGUGGGCUAUGUGGUGGGCCAUGUGACGGCGACAGAUCGUGAUCGUGGACCGGACGGACGUAUCGUUUACCAGCUCACGACUCAACAUCCGUACUUUAAGAUGAACCGUACAACGGGUGCCAUCCUCAUCAAGAAACGGCUAGACAACGUAGCGACAAUGUUGGAUGCGGGCCGUGACAUCAGUCUAGUCGUGACGGCCGGUUCCGGCAGACAGGGAUCGCUCACCAACAUGACGGUGGUUGAGAUUGCGGUCGAUGCGUUGGGACAUCUGAAGGGUAACGAGUUGGGCAAUGGGGCUGGCAUUGGUGGUAGCUAUGAAAACUCUCAGUCGGUGUCUGCUGGUGGCGGAUUCGCGAACUGGGCAGUCGGGCUUGUCAUCUCGCUGCUGCUUAUCAUAAUCGGUGUCGCGUCUGUGUUUCUCUUCCUGCACAUGCGUAACCGUCAGCAGAAACAUGUCAACAAGACCGGGCUUAGUUCCGAAUCGGUCGGCCACUCGAACAACUACGUCGAUCCAAGUGCGUUCGAUACAAUCCCCAUCCGUGGAUCGUCCAGUGGUGCAGCAGGUGCUGGCCAGUUCGCACCACCGAAGUAUGAUGAAAUACCUCCGUACGGUGCAAGCUCUAACUCGGGUGCCGCCACCACGUCCGAGCUGUCCGGCUCGGAACAGUCGGGCUCGAGUGGGCGCGGUUCUGCCGAGGACGAUGGUGAGGAUGAGGAAAUUCGCAUGAUCAACGAAGGUGGUCCGCUGCAGCGCGAUGGUCUACAGCUCGACGGUCGCCUAUCGGACGUGUCGGUACAAAACACGCAGGAGUACCUGGCACGACUCGGCAUCGUUGACAAUGGUACCACCGGGAAUGCGUCCAACUCGUCGCGCCGCUGCUCGGAAAGUAUGGGACUGGGUAGCUCCAAAGAUGCCAUGCUACAUACGCUACCGAUCGAUACGCUGCACAUGUUCCACGACGACGAACACCACCGGGAAUCCGACCUUACCAAUCUGAUCUAUGCUAAGCUGAACGACGUCACCAACAACAGUGAUCGAGCGAGCAGCGUUGAUGAGACGGUUACGAAUGCGGGCAGCAUCGGUGCGACGGUCGAUCACGUCAUGAUGGGCGGUUACGGUGAUGUACCGGUCGUGGGCAAUCAGCAGGGUAUCUCGAUGAAUGGGUCGCUCAGCUCGAUCGUGCACAGCGAGGAGGAGCUAACGGGUAGCUACAACUGGGACUAUCUGCUCGAUUGGGGCCCCCAGUAUCAACCGUUGGCGCAUGUAUUUUCGGAAAUUGCCCGCCUCAAGGAUGACACACUGUCCGUGCAGAGUGGCAAUAGUGGAACGUCCAGUGCCAAGAGCAAAAACUCAUUACAUCACACGGUAAAAACGCUUCCACCGCCACUGCUGACGAAUGUGGCACCACGGUCGAUCAAUGUGCCCGUCUUUGCCGGCCGUAACAAUCCCGGCAAUCAUCAUGGCGGUGCACCCAACCAGUACCUGUUGCCCCGCUCACCCAUUAGUCAUGAUUCGGCUGCCGGCUUCAGUACCUCCUCCGCCAUGUCGCCCAGCUUCUCGCCGUCGCUUUCACCGCUCGCGACACGCUCACCCUCCAUCUCGCCGCACGUCGUGUCGACGGGUAUGCCUACCUCCCACCAUAUGGUUUCGCUGCCACGACCUCCACAGCAACGAGGGCCCGCUGGACAGAGGAAACCGUACUGAAACCCUCGUUCCCUGUCCUUCGGCACCAAAUUUCUUUCCCUUUUCGGAUGGCUGUGUAGGUCUAAGGUCCCUUUCCAAAUCAAACGCAUCCAAUGUCCACGGAACGGAACGCAACUGAACGCUAAACGUCUUGUAAAUAAGUAUUAGUCAGACGUCUGACUGUCCAAUAGCUAGUACAGACAAACGUUCGGGAUGAAGUACCGAUGCCGUAGUGUACGUAAACGAAACACAUUUUAGUGUAUGUGUGUGUGUAUUCUUCAACAACGAUUGUAGUAAAUUUCUAUUCGCCUAAAGUUCAUCUCUCGGUGCGAUUCAAAACCACCUUCAAACCAGGAUGUGACAGGUAUUAGACUGUAUAUAGUUAGUGCUAAGUGUGUAAGAUGAAUGUUCACGAAAACGAAUGAAAAAACGUAAAGCCGCAUCCGUUUCUUUGUCCGUCCAUCCCAAAAUCAUACCGUUGUAAACGCGUUUAGGCGUAAUUGUACAGAUUUUAGUAGCAUCGCUUACAGUACUGUAAAUACUCUCAAGUGAAAAGUAACUUGGCAAACGGGUGGGGCAGCCAAAAGCACCCACUGGGCGCUAUUUGUAAAUGCCAGAGAAACUUAGUGGUAGUGAAAACCUGUUCGCAAAACGAUGGCGUACGCACAGUAGUAGAUAGGGGAAGUAUUAGGAUUAACAUCUCGAUUCGCAUUGAAAGGUUCGCUUUCAAACGAAUCACACAAGACUGCAAGGCUUUAGGGCUGUAUCCCAAUUUUAAGUAAAACCGGCAACACACAUUUUUUUUUAAUUAUUGUUAACGUGUAGUGAACGGUUUUGUGGUUUCAGCUGAAUGUGGCUGGAAAACCAGAGCCGCGUGUCGUCUGCAUUUACUCACCCCGCCUCGGGGAAUAUCGGUCACGAGCGGGAAAAGGAUGAAAAUUUUUAAGUGUUUUUCUUUUUUGUUUGUUUUACCCUUUUUUAACCAAGCAGCCACUUGUGUGGUUCCACUGGUAGGCAAGCACUAGACUAUUUUUUUACGUUUCGUUUUGUGUACAGAUGAACAACCGCGAACUACCUAAUGUGUAACGUUAAGGACACCAAAUUUGACGCACAAACAGUGUGAGUCAUUUUUUUUCUUCUCUUUUCUUUUCUUCGAUGCAACUUCAGAACGCUAUGGCCUUCACAUUGUUUUCCCUCUUUAAAGAAAUAGUCAGUGUUCGCGCGUCCGCGAGUGGGUUUUUAGUACCAACAACACUAAAAACCACCAGGCGUCUCCAUCGUGGAUCACUACAUGCUGGCAUGCUAGUAUUCGUACUUUUUAACGAUCGUACGAUCGAAAGGCAAAUUUUAACCCCCGUUACAAAACAAAACAAUAAAAAAACACAUACAUCACCAAGCCACAAACAAGCAAACUGCGCAACUGCCAUAUAUUAGAGAAUGAAAGGUGGAAGUAGCUGUAUGUAGGAGCGUUUAGAGGCGACAGUGUUUUAUAAAUGCAAGAAUGUGUCUAUAUAGGUGUAUUUUAGGUGAAAUAAAAAUAUGUUUUAUACUGAAAAAUAAA